AUGUUUCGGAAAUCGAAAGAUAAUGGCAUCAAGAGCAAGGGCAUCAGCCCCGAGCUCGAGGCUGUACUCCCCAAAGACGGCCUCCCCUGGUACAAGAAGUCGCAUCUGCGGUUGCUCAACUACUACUGUGUCUUCUUGGGUCUUCUGUGCGCCGCCAACGGAUACGAUGGCAGUAUGAUGUCUGGUCUUCUCGCCUUGCCACAAUGGAUGGACUUCAUGGACCAGCCGAAGGGUGCCUGGUUAGGCUUUAUCAACGCUAUUCAGUCUCUGUCAACUAUGCUGGCAUAUCCCGCCGUCGCGUACUUCGCCAACCGAUGGGGACGUAAGAAGGGUCUGUUCGUCGGCUACACGUUCCUCUUCCUCGGAUCCUUGCUUCAAGCUUUCUCGCCAAACAAGACCGGAUUCAUCCUUGGGCGUCUUUUCAUCGGUCAGCCAAGUGCGUGGUGGGGCGGUCUUGCUCCUCUACUCAUCACUGAACUUGCCUACCCGACGCAUCGUGGAGUUCUCACAGCACUGUACAACUGUGGCUGGUUUGUUGGAAGCUCUCUGGCUGCUUGGGUAACAUAUGGUACUCGAAACUACGCCAGCUCAUGGGCAUGGCGCAUCCCAUCCCUUCUUCAGAUUGCGAUCCCGCUCGCCGUUUUGCCCGCCGCUCUCCUGGUCCCCGAAUCACCCCGAUAUCUCAUUUCGAAAGGACGAUUGGCCGAAGCCCGAAGCGUUCUCACCAAGUUCCACAGCGGCGGCGACGAGAACUCCAUACUGGUCGACUUUGAGAUGACUGAGAUCGAACGGGCCAUCGAAGACGAUAAGAAGGCUGGCGAAACCUCUUCCUGGGGAGAAAUGUUCAAGACGCCCGGAAACAGACACCGUGCUUUUAUCUCAAUGACGCUGGGUCUCUUUGCUCAAUGGAACGGAGUCAACGUUGUCAGCUACUACCUUCCGGAUGUCCUGAGGGCCGUCGGCAUCAACUCGGUUACCGAUCAAACGCUCAUUAGUGGAUGCUUGCAAAGCUGGAACCUGGUCAUGGCUGUCUCGGCCGCCAUCUCAGUUGAGCGAGUAGGACGCCGGAAGCUGUUUCUCACCAGUUGUUUCGGCAUGCUCACCAACUACAUUAUCAUCACGGGAUUAUCGGGUGGCUUUGCUGCCACAGGAAAGGGCCCUGUCGGUCUGGCAGUGGUGCCCUUCUUAUACAUCUACUACAGCUUUUACGAUAUUGCCUUCACGCCUCUCAUCGUCUCCUACCCUGCCGAAAUCUGGCCCUACCAGCUCCGUGCUCGCGGCACAGCUCUGACCCAAAUGACGACCUACCUGGGUAUCUUCUUCAACGUUUUUGUAAACCCAAUUGCAAUGGAUGCCAUUGGGUGGAAAUACUACCUGGUUUUCGUCGUGAUUCUCAUCAUUGGCACGAUCAUCAUCUACUUCUUCUACCCUGAAACUAGAGGGCACACCCUGGAAGAGAUGGCAGUUAUCUUCGAUGGCGAUGAAGCGAGAGUUACCGACUCCGUCGGUCGCUCAGACGACAAGGGGGCAAUUGUUUCUCAACAUCAUGAAAGCGCCUGA